UCGUUUGCAAGGUCAGAGUCAUACAUUUGUCAUUCCAAUUUGUUUAUAUUACAGAAGCGCCAACUCAAGGCAGAGAAUCUUCAAUAUGUAUUGUGGUCAAAUGAAUCAAGGAACCAUUUUUCCAGCAACAGACUUUAACCCUGCUGAAGAUGCAGAAGUUUUGUUCUCAGCACUACAAGGAAUGGAAUGCAAUAAAGAUGAUCUUAUUGAAAUUUUGACCCAGCGCUGUAAUGCCCAGCGGCUCAUUAUUGCUCAGAUCUACAGUGGUUCAUAUGGACAGGAUCUGGUCACUGACCUUAAGGAGAAAUUAUCUGACCAUUUCAAAGAGGUGAUGGUGGGUCUGAUGUAUCCACCAGCCUUUUUUGAUGCUCAUGAACUGCGACAUGCUAUGAAGGGUGUGGGCACAGAUGAAAACUGUUUAAUUGAGAUUCUUGCCUCAAGAACCAACAGUGAGAUCUACGCAAUCAAUGAAGUCUACAUGAUGCAAUUUGGUGUACCACUCCAAGAGGACAUUGAUUCAGAAACAUCUGGGCACUUCAGGGAUGCCCUAAUGAUACUUGCACAGGGAGCGAGAGAAGAGGGAUAUGAAUAUGAGGAUCAAGCCAUGGCUGCAGAGGAUGCUACGAUCCUUUGGGAUGCAUGCCAAGGCAAAUCGGGGGAGCAUAAAACGAUGCUGCAAGAUAUCCUGUGUAGAAAGAGCUAUCAGCAAUUGUGGAUGGCUUUUCAACAAUUCCAACUUGCGUCUGGCCAAGAUAUUGUGGAUGUAAUUACAGACUGCUAUGAUGGGCACUUCCAGCAAUUACUCAUUGCAAUUAUUCUGUGUGUCAGAGACAAAGCUUCCUAUUUCGCAUACAAGCUCAACAGAGCAAUAUAUGAAUUUGGCUUUCACAAUAAAACAGUUAUAAGAAUCUUGAUUUCAAGAAGUGAACUGGAUCUGAUGAAUAUCAAAAGAAAUUACAAGGAGCAAUAUGGGCAUUCCCUACACCACGAUAUCAGGCAAUAUGCAUCAGGACACUAUGAGGCAGCUCUCUCGGCAAUUUGUACUGGUGAUGCUGAAGAUUAUUAAAUGAAGAAAGACAGUAAAAGUUCUGAAAUCUUAAAAUCCAAGCCCACUUCAAUCUUUAAUAGAGAUUGAAGAGUCAAAUUAUUUUCUUAGAACAUUACAAUAAACGACACAUGGCUAAUCAGUUAUA